CACGCGCCGGGCGCGAAAGAACGCAUCGCACGCGGGUGCCAGUCCCGCGGCGCCUGUGGAUGGGUUUACGCGGGGUUCAGAGGGCAGCAUCGCCGUCCGAGUCGACGGAGGGGGCAGCGCAGCUCGUGAUGUCUCCAUAUGGUGCCGGCUCCUCGGGUUAGAUCUUACGCAACAGCGACAGCAGCGGCGGCGGCAGCAGCACCAUGACCGUGAAGCGCGGCCGCGACAUCGACUGGGCCCGCUUCGGGCUGCGCAGCGAUGGCGCCGACGGCGGGGCCUUCGACGAGUCGACGGGGCACAGCGGCCGAGCCUCCGGAAACCCGGGCGGGGACGAGCUCUUCCACCAAGACCUCAGUGCCAAGGCCAAGCCCUGGUGGUCGGCCAACUUCUUCGUCUCGGAGCCCGUGCUGUUCGGCACCUGGGACGGCGUCUUCACCACGUGCAUGAUCCACCUGUUCGGCGUCAUCGUUUUUCUGCGCUCCGGAUGGAUAGUGGGCAACGCGGGCGUGGAGCACGCCCUGCUCAUGGUGCUGGCCACGGUGGUCGUGUGCACCUUGGCCGUGCUGGCCGGCAUCGGCGUCUGCGAGCGGUGCCACCUCGAGUCCGGCGGACUGCACGUGCUCCUGUCGCACAUUCUGGGCGUGCGCGUGGGCGGAGCCGCAGCACUCAUCUACUGCUUCGGCCAGGCGGUGAGCAGCGCCCUGCACGUGAUGGGCUUCGCCGAGUCCAUGGGCCAGCUGCUGAAGAUGGAGGAAGACCCGUGGCUGCAGCGGGGGAUCGCCUCGGCGCUCGUCCUCCUGCUGCUCGGGAUCAACGUCGCGGGCGUCAAGUGGGUCGUUCGCCUCCAGUUCGCCCUGCUCAUCAUUUUGCUCAUGGCCGCGCUGGACUUCGCCGUGGGGACUUUCGUGCGCUACGACUCAGGGCACGGCGUGACGGGCUACGAUCUGGCGACCCUGAAGAACAACAGCUUCCCUCGGUACGGCGACGGCCAGAACUGGUUCACAGUGUUCGGCGUCUUCUUUCCGGCCAUGACGGGCGUCUUCGCCGGCAUCAACAUGAGCGACGACCUCAGGAACCCCGUGCAGGACGUGCCCGCAGGCACGAUGGCCGCCGUCGGAACCUGUUUGUUCCUGUAUCUGGUAUUUGUCCUCGGUCUGGGAAGCACGUGUCAGCGCUGGGCUCUCACCACGGAUUACCUCAUCGCCGAAAAGGCGUCCGCCAUCGGCGUCAUGUUGCUGUCCGGCCUGUACAUCUCUUCCAUGUCGGCGUGCCUAGGGGCUCUGUACCUGACGCCUCGCAUUCUGCAGAACAUGGCAAACGACGGAAUCCUCCCGUUCAGCAAGCAGCUAAGCAUCGGGAAGGGCCCCAACAAGGUUCCUGUGGUGGCGCUGGUGCUGUUCGCGCUGGUCACCUUCCUGUUCAUCCUGGCGGGCCAAGUGAACACGCUGGCGCCGCUGGUCACCAUCCCGUUCCUGCUGACGUACGCGUGCGUCGAGUACGCCUACUUCUCCAUGGCCAUGACCUACGACAUCCAGCGCCGGCGCAACGAGCGCUUCCGCCAGCAGGCGGCCGUCAUCCGGGCCCAAACGACGGACAAAACCAGCUACGGGGCGCUGGGCGACGCCAAGGUUGCCACGAGCGACUUGGACCAGCUAUUUCCAGAACGCGUUCACGACAAGACGGCCAUACCUCGUGACCACAGCAGCGUAACCACGACAGAAUCGCCGGUGACAUCACCAGACGAGCACAGCUCCAUACGGAGUGCGGAGAGCAGGGAUUCCAACGCCGACCAACCAAGGGGCCAGCCGGAGUCCUGUAUUACUGACAAGACUCACCUCCUCACUAAAGGUCGGGAACCAUGGCCCGAGAUAUCAAAGAAAUCAAACACCUGGUAUGCGAAACUAUGCAAUCGCUGGAUUGCAGUGCUUGGGAUCUUCGUGAAAUUGACAAUUAUGUUCCUUGUGCAAUGGGGCUAUGCACUGGCAUCCAUCUUUCUAUUGAUCUUCCUCUGGCUCUGCAUUGGAAGGACCAAGCCAGGAGCUUUUCCAGGGGUCACCGAAUUCAAACUGUUCCCAUGGCUACGCCAUUUAUUCCUGCGUUGCAUAGGGAAGAAGCCUACAGACUAUGAGCAAAUAGUGGUGGCCCCCACAUGCCCCGGAGUCUCAACAAUGGAGUCUCAGCUAAAUGACGAAAACGUCGAUUACGCAUCACGGCACCGAUACCAUCACUCUACCACCCUCCAAACAUCAUCACAUUUCCAGCAACAUUCCGACGACAGUGAAUAAGCCACGAGGACUUCAGGUACUACAAUGAGUCUCAAGUGGCUGCUUUUAAGGGCAUAUUGAAAAACAACUCUGCCAUUUCUUCCCAAAAGGCAAGAUUACAACCUAACAAUAAGCAACAGAAGCAUGACCUUUGUUCAUGCCAAGGUUACAAAUGAUUAGCUCAAUGUUGAAGGCAUUUCGUAUGCAUUAGCCACAGGAGGAUAGACAUGCAGAAGGCCACAAAUGAGCCCCCCCACCUCCACAUGGCUGGAAUGCUGCUGGUAACAUGUCUCAAGUAAACCUGAAAGUGGGAACAACGAAAGUGGGAACAAGGCAACGAGAUGAUAGAAUUGAUGAUCAAAGAACAAUGCUCGCUUAAACUAGCAGACCGGCUGCAACAAGUAGAAAGUACAGUUCGCGGAACUUUUAAUAGUGACAAGUAAUUGAUACGCAUUUCUUACUCGGCCUUCUGAAACCCACUGCCUGUAUCAGUGAAGAUCACUUUGUCUAGAAUAACAGAAUGGCACCGAAUAAAGUGGCAUAUAGCAUCCAAAACGACUAACAAACAAAGCAGAAGCAUGCCAUUGUUAAGCCAAAUCUAUCUACAAGCACUUGUGUUCCGUGCUCUUCACUUGAAGUGCAAUGUGCCACAAUAUAAGCAACAUUUCAGCCAGUUGAAGAACCUAGACCCCAGAGUUCUGUAUGUCAUCUAUUGUCAUUCCAGUGGCCUACUUGUAGUAAGCCCUAGUCGUUCGUCACCCACCGGGUGCUUCUCCAACUGCUGCAUUACCGACCAAGACAGCAAAGGCUAAGCCACGCUUACACACCACUGUGGAACACAUUCUCACCUCUUUAUCAAAACAAAAGCAUAUAGAUUUAUCAUCAAGCUAUUAACACGCUUCCAAAGCUGUUCCAGGAAUAUUGUGAUGUAUGAACUCAACACCUUUUCCUACACUUUGAAGCAAUGUAACAUACUUUCCUAAACCUUUUUUGAAAUGCAAGAGGAACUGUUAUGCUAUGGUAUGUGUGACGCGCAUUGAUUUUACGUGCAAGAUGUACUUAGCAUGCGCCCCAAUGGGACAAUCGAGGCUAACGCUACUUUCAAUGCGCUCCCCCGUCCUCCUAUUUAUUCCAAUUUUUCAACAAUACAGAAAUACAAAACAGCUUUGAUGCUUUAACAAAGAACAAGCAACAAUUUGUUUUUAUGCAUGUAAUGCCUGUGGUUGGAAAAAGAAACAUGCAAUGUUGCAGUCAAGGCAGCAUUUUGUUAAUGCAGUGUACUGCUUCUACUCAUGUACAGUGCACCUCAGAGCCUGCGUGUCAAAGUCUGUGUGAGUAUGAUGUAUGUUACUGAAAUGGGACAGUACACUCUUACUGUGCAAAUGACAAUGGCUUUGUGUGUCAAAAAAAAAAAAAGGAAAGAAAAGAAAAGAAAGGGAAGUGAUACGUUGAAUAAAUUAUGUUUACGUUGUCA